AGUGAUUGAAAUAUAUGAUAGAAGGUGCAUGUUAAGUUUCCUGAAGAAUCUCGUUUACGUGGCUGUCGCCUGGAUCUCUGGUCGCUGAAGGCGACAGCGAAUAGCUUUCGUUUGAACGCGUAUUUGAACGAUUCGGUCGUUCUCGUUGCUGAUUCCUUACCUUCGUAUCGCGCGUGAUUGUGAAACUUCGGAAAUUUUUUCAACGUAUUUGCGAACUGGUGAGGAAAUAUCGCGAGCGUUUUCGCUCAAUUCUUGGGCGUCUUGCUCAAGUACUCCGAGUACUCGUCAGCAUCAUGGCCGGCUCAAAUCCGCCGAAUACCAUAAACAUCCAAAGUCUUAUGAAAGCUGGAAUAUCUCUGGAUAACGUCAACUUCAAUUGCGCAAACAUUGUCAAUAGUCAGGGACAGGUGCUUCAGUCGAUUCCGAUUCGGAACGCCAAAGGACUUCAAGGUCUUGCCAAUGUUCCAAAAGUGGUGACGAUUCCACGUAUGAGCGGCGCAUCUCAAGGCGCUUGUACAGUUAUUACAAGCGGAGCGCAACCUCAACAAAUUCAACUCUUUUCAGCUGGAAAUGCUUCAAAUAAAAGUUUUUCGAUUCCCUCCAGUAAUGCGGAAACGCUUGCAACUCUUACGCAGUCCGGCAUUUUGCCGCCUGUUGCUGCCGCAGUGCUUGCCACGGGAAAACCCGUGACAAUCCCCUCAACCGCUUUUCGUAACGUUGUUACGCUCAAGCUUGCCCCCACCACCAAUGCUGCGCAAGGUACAACUGUUGUAUCAUCGGGUGUAGCGAUGGAGCCCAAGAAACGAUUCGUUGUGAAGACAGAACCUAAAUCUGAUGGAGCCACGUCAUCUGGCAUUCAAGCAGUUUUCGGCCGCCCCGCUUCCCCGCGCCAGAUUUCCAUGCCCGAGCUUGUGCACACGACGAAUAAGUCUAGGGGCUCCUCUGAAAGAAAUGGAGUCAGUUCCUCGCGAGACAUAGUCAACAAGGCCAUAGCCGCCAUAGACGAGGUUUCUUUGUCGAAGAAACAAACUUCCAUUAAACCUCUUGCUAAAAGUGGCAUAACGUUUUCCAUCGUGGAUCCGACCACCACGACUCCCAAGAAACGCCGCGCGAACGAUGAAGCGGCUGACAGUGCGUCUGAUGCGAAAAAACAGAGGUUGGAAAAAACUAGCUCCAAGGGAUUGCGAGACUUCUCCCAUCGAGUUUGCCAGAAAGUUUGGAAGAAGAAAACGACAACUUAUAAUGAAGUAGCGGACGAGCUAGUUUUAGAAUUAUCGGACAACCAGAUCUCAGUAGAACAAGCUUCCAAUCGCUUCGACCAGAAGAACAUCCGCCGUCGCGUUUAUGACGCCUUGAACGUUUUGAUGGCGAUGGGAAUGAUAACCAAAGAAAAGAAGGAAAUUCGUUGGCUUGGGCUGCCGACUCAUUCGGACCAAUCCUACCGAAAAUUAUUAGAAGAGAAAGAGAACUUGACGCGAGCGAAUCUUCAGAAACGACACACGCUCUACGAACUUUUGCUUCAAAUUAUUUGUUUUAAAAAUCUUGUCGCGAAGAACAGUGAGAGGAUGCAUAAGAUGAAUGGAUCCGGAGAAGGGUCUUCAUCUCAGCCGGAUGGGAUUGCGAAUGGGCCGCAGAAUCGCUUGCCGAUUCCAUUCUUGGUCAUAUCGACCCCGAAAGAUACCGUCAUCGAUUGCAACAUUUCACAGGAUAGAUCUGAGUAUUUGCUGUCGUUCUCUGACGUGUUUGAGCUGAGUGACGAUUUCGGCAUUCUGAAGAAAAUGUCUCUAGCUCAUGGAUUGGAAGAAUGUAACGCUACGGACGAACAGAUCAAUCAGGCGUUGAUGCACAUCCCGCCUGCUUUCCAUGACGUAUUCAGAGAAAUUGCGAGAGCUCCGCCGAUCGCGCCAGAAAUGCUCCAAGACCCAGAAAUCGAACAGAUGAGUGAAUUGGUGACCUUGAGUAGUGACGAUGAUCUCAGUGAUGAAGACGUUCCGGAUGCGGAGACGUGUCAGGAGAGAAUUGACGAGUUUGUCUCCGUCACCCAAACCGAUCAAGCCUUUGCUCAAAUGUUCCUUCAGAGACGUGGAUGGGAUUUGGAGAGGUCCGUGAACGAGUUUUUUCAAAAAGGGCCAGCUGCUGGCAGCAAACCACGAGCAGAUCUUAUCGAGUCGGUGCUUGACAUCGGCGAAGAUGGUCGAUCCGCGGAAAUAAAUUUUAUGCUGAGACCUGUUACCGUUCCGCCUGGAGGAGAGCCGCCAAGGAAACGUCAUCGAACGGAUUCCGGCGAGGUUGUCAUAGUUUCCGAAGAGGACUAUGGCAUCAUCAAAUUUUUCUCAUGGAACAUCGACGGCCUUUCAGAGCGGAACCUAGAAAAGCGGACUGAAUGCGUGGUCAAGUAUAUUAUUGACUUUCGUGUGGAUUUCGCUUUACUUCAAGAGGUGACAGCUCCUGCGUUGAGCAUCUUGAGAAACAGACUGAGCGACAAAUACCAUGUAGCUGUUGCCAAGGAACCCAAAGCCUACGAGGGAGAUCUGGAGUAUGAAGUCGCGACGUGUAUUAGGAAAACUGCGAAGUUCGAGUAUUCCAAUCCUAUUUGGAAGCCGUUUCCGGGUUCGCGAAUGGGGAGAGGAUUGCAGAUAACCCGGGUAAAAAUGAAGGAACACGGAAACUUUUCGGAGUUUCCCCUUACUUUGAUUAACACACAUUUGGAAUCAACGAAAGAUUUCGCCGAAGAGCGUCAGGUUCAACUCAAGCGUGGUUUUUCAAUCAUGGAGGAUUGUCUUCGUGGUCCGAACUCCGUAUGCGUGUUUGCUGGAGACCUGAACCUUCGUGACACCGAAGUCGUGAAUGUCGGUGUGCCGAAAGAUGCCCGAGAUAUGUGGGAAGCUUGCGGGGCAAAGGAACAUUUGCGAUACACUUGGGACGCGAGAAGGAAUCAAAAUUGCGGCUAUUUCAACCCUAAAACCGGCGCACGAUUGCGAUUCGAUCGGGCGAACUCUGCCCAUGUGAGUGUGCUCCUGGAAAGUGAUAUUAAACUUGAGGGAAAGAUGGGUGAAACACGGGUCGGCCAGGGUAGAAACACGCCGGAGAAUUUAAGGAAGGUUUUCCUUGGUGGAAUAGGGCCGAAUACGGAUGAAGAUGCUUUGGCGAGUUACUUCUCCAAAUGGAGUGCAUUGGACGACUCCUUCGUCUUGCGAGACCCUAAAACCAAGAAGUCGAAAGGCUUCGCAUUCGUGAUUUUCCCGGACGCGGCUUGUGUGGAUCGUGUCAUGUCGUGCCGUCCGCAUCGUAUCGAUGGGAGGAGCAUUGAAGUGAAACGACCAGUGCCGAACGAAGACGUGGGACGUCCAGAAUCCACCGUGGUCACCACCAAAAUUUUCGUGGGCGCCGUGAGAGAGGAAAUGACCGAAGCCGACAUUGAACAGCAUUUUCAAAACUACGGAAGCGUCGUUUCUGUGGCUCUCGUCAAUGACAAAGGAACAGGUCGGAAAAGGGGAUUCGGGUUUGUGCAGUUUGCAGACCCUGACUCGGUGGACAAGUGUUUGUUGUACCGUCAUGAGCAUCGAAUCGGAGAAAGAUGGGUGGAUGUGAAGAAGGCAUUGAGCAAGGCGGAGUUGGCUGAAGUCGAGAAGAAAGCCGAGGAGGCGAAGGCCAAACAGGCUGCAGCCAAAAGAUUGGCUGCGGAAGCCGCGCGAGAAGAAGUGGAAGCUAAGCAGGCCAAGGCCGCGGCAGCUGCCCCGCGACCCCCGAUUCAAUCCACGCCUGCUGGGGUCCCACCCUCUAUGGGGUUUUCGUCACAAGGUCCACCCUCUACGGGGUUUUCGUCACAAGGUCCACCCUCUACGGGGUUUUCGUCGCAAGGUGGAGAUAGACCGUGGGCAAACUCGCAGGGUCCCGCUGCCAGCGGAGGGAACUUCAACAAACCGCAAUGGACGGGUGAAGGACCGGGGCCGGAAAAGCGUGGUAACAAUUGGAACGAAGGACCAGGGCCAGAAAAGCGUGGUAACAAUUGGAACGAAGGACCUGGGCCAGAAAAGCGUGGGAACAAUUGGAACGAAGGACCUGGGCCAGAAAAGCGUGGCAAUAAUUGGAACGAAGGACCUGGGCCGGAAAAACUUGGCGGAAAUUGGGGCGACGAUUGGCAGCCUGGCUUGAACCUGGCGCCGCCGCCUCCAGUUGCAGGCCCCCGAAUGCGCAUGAUGGGCCCUAGUUCAUAUUCUGCCAAUCCUCCGAGAGUGGGUGACGGAAAUGGACCUCGAGGAUUCGAUGGAGCUAGAUUUCGUGGCCCAAUUCCAGAUGCAGAUGAUCGAGCUUCCUACCCGGAAGGACCUGACGACUGGACACCACCUGGCAAUUGGAAUAAUGGCCCACGAAUGAGAGCUCCAGCCCCUCCGACACCGCUCAUGGCCGCAGCUCCCGCCUGGCGCCGGGAACAGCCUCGUUUCUUCCCGCCCCAAAACCCGGGUGGUGGACGUUGCGCAACUAAGGAAGAACGACAUUUCUUUUUUAAAAUUGUGGAAGAAUUCGAAAAGGCCGAAUGGAAUCUUUGGCUUUGUUUCAAUACAAUUUGGGAUUUAAAAAAGCCAGAGGAUUAUGAGGAUUCCUUCUAUGAAUCUCCUGAAGAUUUGCCGCUAAAAGAAGUUGGUGGGACGGUCAUACAAAUGUUCGUGCUUAUGGCUGUGCUUUAUCCAGAAACG